AUGACUGUUACCACGCUACCGUACAUGAAAACGAACCCCAAGCUCAUAUUCUUCACCGAUUUUGAUGGAACGAUCACCCUCGAAGACAGCAAUGAUGCUAUGAUCGAUAAUCUUGGCUACGGGCGCGCAAAGCGCCGUCAAGGCAAUGAGGCCGUCCUUGAGGGCACCAUGAGCUUCCGUGACGCUUUUCGCGACAUGCUGGACAGCAUCAAGACCCCAUACAACGAGUGCAUCGAGUACCUCAAGAAGAACAUGAAGCUGGAUCCCUACUUUGUGGAAUUCUACAAAUGGUCCAAGGAGAACAACGUCCCGAUCGUGGUGUUGUCUUCUGGCAUGAUCCCAGUCAUCAGCGCCCUCUUCGAGACGCUUUUGGGCGGCGAACCGGAUGAUCACCUCUACAUCGUUGCCAACCAGGUCGAGAGCCGUGAUGGCAAGGACAUCAACUCCGAGGGUGGCUGGCAGAUCAAGUACCAUGACGAUAGCCACUUCGGCCACGACAAGUCCCUGGAAAUCAAGCCCUAUGCCGCACUGCCGGACGGUGUGCGCCCGACCUUGUUGUACGCAGGAGAUGGCGUGUCCGAUUUGUCAGCCGCUGCAGAGACUGAUCUUCUGUUUGCCAAAAAGGGCAAGGAUUUGGUGACAUUCUGCGAGCGUGAGAAGAUUCCGUUCACGCUAUUUGAGAGCUGGGAGUCGAUUCUCGCUACCACCAAGGACAUCCUGGGUGGAAAGGUUUCCGUGAAGGAGGUUGCUCAAGAUGGACUGACUGCGGUCCACGAGGGAGCCAACAAGAACUGA